CCAACGUGGUCCCCUCAACCUGCCAUGGCGCUUUGCGGGCCCUCGCGCGAUUCCAGCUUGGAUGUGGCGUCCCAAGCUCGCAGGAGACGAUGGUGGAGCCUUUCCACCCUCGGUUUGCUGGGUGCUCCUGUCUUCGUUCACAUGAGGGCGGGACCAGGACCUUCACGAACUUUGCUGCGAGUUCGACCAGAAUUGCUGGACAACCAGGCAGUGGACGAGAUGGUCACCUACCGCAGCAUGAAGGAGCGACGGCUGCGACAAGCUUCGCAUCAGUGGCGGAAGGAGGGCAUCAACUGGACCGAGGAGGAGGAGGAAACGAUGGAUGAUGAUUUUGUGGCGAACUUGAAGCACGGCACGAAUCUCCUGCUGAACGGCGCCAAGGAAUUCCCCCCUUGGGCCGAUGUGCGCGCGGAGCAUGCGGAGCGCGGGCACGAGUGGAUGGAGAAAUUUUCGGUGGAUGACAUCUGGAGACAUCACUGCGUGGUUCCCUAUGUUGCCGAUGACUGGCGAUCGGUCUUGGACCCCUUGGAGCGUAUCGUGGACAAGGUGGAAAUGGCCUUCUCCGCUGUUACGCACGUGAAGAACGUCUUGGAUCCAUCGAUGAAGUUCAGGAAAGCCUACCGCAAGGCUGCGCAGGCUCGAUGGAACAUCCAGCGACGCUUGCGACGCUGCGAUCGCUUCUCUAGAGCCUUUCUGGGGCUGUUGGCCUAUGAUCAGAAUGCUACAGAAGCGCAAAGACGGGCAGCUGCGUAUCUCAUGAUUUUGUUUGAACAGGAUGGAGUGAAUUUGCAGCACAAUGGGAUCUAUCGAGACGACCCUGAUGCAUUUCUGGAGCUGCAGAAAGUCAGAGGCGCUGUCUUCAACAUCUCCUUGAUCUGGGAUCAAAACAUCGAUCGAGACAUGGAGAGUCGUGCUUACCUCAUACGAGACAAAACGGAGCUGGAGGGCGUCCCUGAGUGGAUCCUGAAAGAUGCAGUGGAACUUGCCCUCCAGGCCGGAUAUCCAAAGGCGAAUCUGGAAACUGGACCUUGGUUGAUCUCCAUGCACGACAGCAUUUCAGAAGGCGUCUUGAAGCACGCCAAGGGUCGCGGACUACGGGAGGUGGUGCACGAGAAUCGGGCGCGCAUCGCCUUCCUUGGCGGCUCCGGAAAAGGAGACAACACGCCCAUGCUGGAGCAGCUUCUUCAGGUGCGCCGUCGCUUGGCGAAUGUGGUGGGCUAUGCAACCCACGCGGACGUGAUGUUCACGCGGGCCAUGGCAAGCCCCAAACAGGCUUAUGGGCUGCUCAGCAAGUUGCGACAAGAAGCCUUGCCGGUCGCCCGCUACGAAGCGGAGGAGUUGAGGAAGUUCGCAAAGAGUCAAGGCGCCACUUACGAGUUGGAUGUGUACGACUUGGACUUCUGGCGCGAACGGCUGAUGGAGGAGAGCUUGGGGCUCAAGGAGGAGUACAUCCGGCAGUUCUUCCCUUUGGACGCAGUUCUGGAGGGUCUCUUCCAUCUGUUGGGUGAGCUCUUUGACGUGGAGGUCCGAGAAGAGCAAAACGAGUUGAGCUGGGCCAAAGAUGUGCACUUCUAUCGCCUGGUGAAUCGCAGUACCGGCGGCCCGGUGGCGUCCUUCUUCCUGGACGCGCAUCGCCGUGCGGGGCAGAAGCGGCGGGGCUUCUGGGCCUCGACGAUCCAAGGCUACAGCGAGCUCCUUGGUGACCGCCACGGGCCCCGACGCCCUGCAGUGCACGUGGUUUGCGACCUGGAACCGCCAGAAGGUGUGACGCUGCUGACACAUCAGGAGCUGGCGAAGGUUUUUAAGGCCUUCGGCUCGGCGUUGCGGGAUCUCUUCUGCCAACAGCCCGAGGGCUUGAUGUCGGGAGGUUUUGGACUGGAGUUGGAUGUUCUGGACAUGCCCGCCCACUUUAUGGAGCGUUGGGCCUAUGAUGCCAGAAGCCUCCGGCGCUGCAGCCGUCACUACCAGACUGGUGAAGCGCUGCCGGAAGCGGCCGUGGAGAUGUUGGCGCAGUCCAGAAGCUUCUUCACGGCGAAUCGCUUGUUGAAACGCUGCGCUAUGGCACAUGUGGACCUGGAACUUCAUUCGGAUUAUGAUCCCUUUAGUGACCUCAACGUCUACGACUUAGCCAAGUUGGUGGAGGCCGAAUAUGCCGUGAUCCGCCCCCGGGUCCAGGACCGGGAACUCUGCAGUCAGCCCUUCAACAGCGACGUGGCCGGAGCCUUCUAUGGAGACCUCUGGUCACAAGCCUUGGCCAUGGAUAUCUUCAGCGAGUUUCAGGGAGAGGACCUAGGCGUCGUGGGCCAGCGCUUCCGCAGCGCGCUGCUGCACUUUGGCGGCGGCCGGGCACCGGGGAACGCCAUCCAGGAGUUUCUCCAACGCCCCGCCUCCUUCUCCUCGAUGCUGUUGGACCUUGGCCUCACUGAGAGCGCCAAGAUGCGCGCGGCGGAGGCGGAGGUACCAGAAGAGCAAGAUGUGGUGUCUUUUGAGGACGUCUAUCCAGACGGCGAAGAAGACGAGGACGAUAGUUACGCAGAGUUCGAAGAUUACUGAAAA